AUGCUCAAGGACCUCUACAAGAUCGAGACCCUCGACACCCGUUUCCAAUCCAAGGACGGCCAACCGCUAUCAAACGCACAGCCGCCAAAAUGGAACACCCUGGAGUAUUACGUCUAUUACCUGGCCUUCCUGACCAUUCCCAUCUUUAUGUUCAAAGCUGUGUACGAUGUCUCACAACCGACUCAUCCGAGUUACAAAAAUUAUGAAGGCCUCCUGCAGGAUGGGUGGGUACCGGGCCGGAAAGUCGAUAAUUCAGAUGCCCAGUAUGCUGGAUUCAGAGAUAAUAUUCCGUACAUGGCCAUAUUGCUCGUGCUACAUCCGCUCCUCAGACGAGGGUUGGAACACUUCAGGGCAGAAGAAAACCCCGGCCAGAUCAAUGGCGACCUCAAGCGGGACACAGCAGCCUCGUCCGAGAGAGCCGGAGAUGCAAGAAUGCACUCUCGAAUCUCCUUCGAUCUCUGGUUCGCGGCCGUGUUCUUGCUGGCAUUGCAUGGUGUAUCUUCGUUGAAGGUUCUAUUGAUCCUAUACAUCAAUUUCCAGAUUGCAAAUGCUUUGCCAAAGCGGUAUGUUGCAGUAUCGACCUGGAUGUUCAAUAUUGCCAUCUUGUUUGCCAACGAGCUCUGCCAAGGCUACCGAUUCGCCGACGUUGCCAGGUUGAUACUUCCAGCCACCACAACUGCAGCCGACAAGUCUUCCGAGGACAACUGGGGAUCUUGGGUGGAUAACUACGGUGGUCUGCUUCCACGGUGGGAGAUAUUGUUCAAUAUCACGGUACUGCGGCUCAUUGCGUUCAACUUCGACUACUUGUGGAUGUUAGAUCGAAGAGCGAGCAGUCCAAUUGAGGUAUGUCUGUGCAUGAGCUGACUUCCAGGGCGGACUCAGUGGUGAUGUUGUGCUAAUACGUUCCAGAAGAAAAACCUGGAUCCCGCGAAUCUUACCGAACGAGACCGCGUUGCCAACGGUGCAAAGCCCGCCGACUUCACAUUCCGCAACUACCUCGCAUACGUGCUCUACUCCCCGCUGUACUUGACCGGACCUAUAAUCAACUUCAACGACUAUAUCUCGCAAUCACGCUAUCCGCUUCCGUCGAUAUCUCGCUCCCGCAUUGUUCCUUAUGCUAUCCGUUUCAUACUUUGCUUGCUGUGCAUGGAACUGGUCUUGCACUACCUCUACGCAGUCGCCAUCUCCAAGUCCAACCCUGACUGGAACGUCUACUCUCCUUUCCAACUUAGCAUGUUGGGGUACUUCAAUCUUCACGUCAUCUGGCUCAAACUCCUCCUUCCGUGGCGCUUCUUCCGAUUAUGGGCCCUCGUCGACGGCAUCGAUCCGCCUGAAAACAUGGUCCGCUGCAUGUCUGACAACUACUCCGCACUGGCAUUCUGGAGAGGCUGGCACCGCAGUUUCAAUCGCUUUAUCGUACGAUACAUUUACAUACCGCUCGGCGGUAGCGGCAAGUCAAAGAUCCAUGGCAUCCUCAACUUCCUGGCCGUCUUUACCUUUGUCGCGCUCUGGCACGACAUCAACCUGCGUCUGCUCAUGUGGGGAUGGCUUAUUACGCUCUUCGUCCUUCCAGAGAUCCUUGCUACGCUGGCAUUCCCGGCCAAGAAGUGGAAAGACCACCCGAAUACCUAUCGUUGGAUCUGCGGUGUCGGUGCUGUUGGCAACAUCCUUAUGAUGAUGGCUGCUAAUCUGGUGGGGUUCGCUGUUGGCCUGGACGGAUUGAAGGGAUUGGCGCAGGGAAUUGUGGAUACGUGGGGUGGCAGGGCCUUCUUGCUGGCUGCGUGUGCUACAUUGUUUGUGGGAGCACAGAUGAUGUUUGAGAUUCGGGAGAGUGAGAAGAGGAGGGGUGUCAACAUGAAAUGCUAA